CCUGGACUCGCUGCAGGAGUGAAUGGUUCGCUUCCUUUUUCCGAGAGCGUGUUUCCCAUGAAGCAUUGCCAUGCGCGAUUUUCACUCUGCUGCAUUAAAUCGACCGACGCAGCUCGGAAAGCGGCCGAGGUAACUUGGUCAUCAGAAUUAUUUUUGUGAUGCCACGACAUUCCGUAAAACUCCACCGGUGAUUUCCGUUACAAUUUUUUAUUAUUUAUUUAUAAUAAAACGACCAUGAGUCACAGAUAAAGGAUUCAAACUAUCGGAAAAUAGGGAAGAAUGCCAAAAUCAACCAAUAUUUCUAUCAGUACUACAAAACCGCGACCUUUCAAUGGAUAAUGGUACCGAAAAAAUGCAAAAGAACCGCGAUAGCUCAGUGGAAAUUUGCUCGAAGAUGCAUAUUCUUUACAACAACCGUUUGCAUUAUUCCAAUAAUUCUCGUUUUUAUGGUUACCACAGAUCAAUACGUUCGUGCUGUACGCGCAAGAAAAUCGUACGGGAAAUUGCAGACUGAACAAACUGAUUAUUAUACCGAAGUUAAAACAUGGGACGAUGUGGAAAAACGCAACGAAAGGCGAAGGAAUCAUCUAAGAAAGACGUGCAAAUUAUUGGGUUUAAACAAGGUGGGAAACGAUUCUCUCCAUAAACCGAACCCAUGGGAAUUUUUAAUUAAUAAAAAGUACCAACUUGUCUGGUGCAAUGUAUUUAAAGCUGCCUCGACAUCCUGGAUGUACAACUUUAAUAUUUUGGCGGGGUACAAUCAAAAAAUUUUGGAUGACGUCAAACAAGUUCCCUUGUCGCUAGCCAGGAAACGCUACCCUCGACCAAGUGCUAAAGAACUGGAAGAGGCUAUAAAAAACUCGUUAUCAUUUAUUAUAGUGAGACACCCGUUAGAAAGGCUGCUUUCAGCUUAUAGGGACAAGAUUCAGCACAGCAUGCCUCGAACCUAUCAUCAAAAAUUAGGUUUUCAAAUUGUUGCACGCUACCGUAGUAAAGCUGAUAAGACAAAGCUUCGUAAACAGCGGUGGCCUUCGUUUUCGGAAUUUGUAAGGUACCUCUUAGAUACAGUUAAAAAUAAAGAACCCUUUGACAUGCAUUGGGCUCCAAUAACACAGUUUUGCACCCCGUGUAUGUUUAAUUUUAAGUUCAUAGCUCACACAGAAACACUUGAGGAAGAUCAGAACUAUAUAAUCCAUCAAGCUGGACUUGAAGGGAUAAUUAAACCGGAAUGGCGAAAUAGAGGAAAGGGAAUAACGACUGAACAAAUUAAUAAAUACUACUCGGAACUUACAAGAACGCAAAUUUUACAUUUGUAUAACGUUUACAGGUACGAUUUCGAAUUGUUUAAUUAUUCAUUGAGUGGCUUUAUUGAGGUUGGAAAGCCUGACGAAGAUCCUUCAACUCUUUUGUCAGCAAUAAAUUCAAAGGAUCCGUCCAUUUAGAAGAAAUUAUUUAUUAAUUCAAAAAAGGAAUUAAUAAGUCAAAAAAAUGUAAAUAAUAAUUUUAUUUAUUCAUUAUUACUUAUUUGUUUUUGGUAUUUUGCAUCUCGCAGGUAUUAGUUUACUCAUUUGAAAUGUUGGGAGUAGUUCCAGACACGAUGUAUUAUAAUUACUGUGUACAUAAGUAUAAGAAUAUAAGCUAUAUGAUAUCUUACGAAAUCAAGUAUUACAUGUCCUGUAUAUUUAAUAUUUUGCUCAAUUAAUUGUUACAAUUCACAUGCAUCUACGUAUUUAAUACUUUGUUAUGAGA